AGCGAGGUCAACAGGGUACCAGUUCAAGCUGACUAUAGUAAUCCAUAUCAGUAUUGUCGAUCAGAACUUUGUGAAGAACAAACGGAGGUGAUUGUUGAUGACAAAUCGAUAUACAGUUAUCAAUGACGACAUGAUCAGAUGGAUCGAGUUGUCCACAUUUGAUCUAGUGUCUAUAUUUUUUCAUCAUGGAGAGCUCAGCAUUGGAGUUAAGGAUGAACAUCACGGUUGUUUGAUACCCUAGAUUAGCGCCUGACUUGAUAGAAGGUAAUGGCGAGUUCUUAUGAAUCAACGCCAGAGACAACAAACGCAAACAGAGCGUGUCGAGUCGUACUCGGUCCCUGCACGGAUGGUCUACGUGACUUAUUGCGUCACUACGUCCCACUACACUCAUUCCAUCAUGUCAUUAAACAAAACAAGCUUAAUCUUCCUCGACUUAACAGAGAUCAGCGAGACCUCAUCUUACCACGAACUGGGAACUAUGCUGGAAACUAUGGUGAUAUGGACAUUUCAUUACUGUAUAUCUUAUUGAGGAAUAUAUCUAGCAUACCACCACACUCCAAUGGCUGGGGCAACGAUCCUGACCCCAGUGACAAGAGUGUCUCUGCCAACAUUGAGAGGAUUAGAUUGGUUCGGAAUCUUUGUGUUCACUCAUCUGAUCCAUCCAUGUCCAUCUCAGACUUUAAUUCCAUUUGGUCCACCAUUAGGUCUGCAAUGGUAGAUAUGGAUGUCUUCCUCAUGAAUGGAAACAAAUAUGAAAAAGAGGUGGAUUUCUUACAUAGUGAGUCGAUGGACCCUGAAAAUGACCUACAUUAUGAAGAAGAACUGAAGAAGCAGGUGGAGGAAGAUAAGACGACCAGGAAAAUGAUGGUCAACCUUAAAAGGAAGUUUGAGGAAACUGCAGAGGAAACAAAGAAGUUGCGUGGUAAAGUAGUGAAACUAACUGAGUCCCCCAUCCCACCAAAUGUGAGAGAGCAAUACGAUAUAGAGGUUCAGAGAUGGAGAGAGGAAGACAAGCUUUACUAUGAAACCCACAGCUUCCCGUCAGUGAUGCAGAAAGUGAGAAACCAACCAUACGUAGCAUUUGUCGGUGUACCUGGGUCUGGGAAGUCGGCCACAGCUCAUCACAUCGCCAUCAAGCUCCAGGAAGAAGGUUAUCAGGUUGUACCAAUUGAUGAAAUCAGAGAGUUAAAGCAAUACUGUGACACAAAGAAUCCGCAGGUUUUUGUUAUUGAUGAUGUGGUGGGUGUCUUUGGCCUCCAAAAAACUAAUUUAGAUGUGUUAACUAAUUAUGAAAAGAAAAUAACACAGCCUUGCAUGCAUAAGUCUCGAACUUUGAUGACAUGUAGAGAGACUGUGUACAAUGAGACACUACCUUACAAAGCAUUCGUUACUAAAGAUGAGAAUGUGAUUAAGUUACACAGUUCUGACAACGCAUUAGAUGACGAAGACAAAAAACAGAUUCUCAAGAAAUAUGGUUUAAAGGAAAAUCUAAUAUCGCCUGAAUUGCUGACAUCAACAUCUUACAUGUUUCCCCUUCUCUGUAAAUUAUUUUCAAAGGAAACAAAAUUCAAAGCUCUUGGUCCAACGUUUUUCCUGAAUCCAGUCCAAUGUAUCAUUGAUGAACUUGAUGAUAUGCAAAGGCAUAACAAACUGAAUUAUGCAACACUUGUUUUAUGUAUGCUAAAUGAAAACAGCAUCUCUAAAGAAAUUUUAAAAGAUAGAAAAAAUGAACAUUUCAUGAAUAUGAAAAGUGAUAUUUUGGAAGAUUGUGAAUUAGAAAACCAAACUGAUGCAUUCAAGUUUGUGAAAGCCUUGUCGGCAAUGGAGGGGACAUACACAAAACAGUGUGGUGCACAAUACACAUUUAUACAUGACUCCAUGUUUGAAAUAUGUGCUUGUCACUAUGGCAAACAGUUUCCGAACAAAAUGGUAUUGCAUAUGAGUAGUAGUUAUAUUGCUAAUUAUGUCAAACCACAGAAAAGUGAACCAGAAAAAGGGAAGGAGAGCGAUGGUGAAAACAAUGAGAGAGAGGAAUCGUUUGAUCUGUGUAUAAGGUUAGAUGUGGACCAGUACCCACUGUUAGCAGAGAGAUUGUACAGAGACAUACAGAAUAUGGAGCUGUAUGAUGUUUUCAGGAAUCGGGUUUUAAAACACGCCCAGGUGUGUCAGGCUUUUAUUUAUGUGUUAGAGACAAAGCCAUACACAGAAUUAAAAUCCUUAUUUCUGUCCAAUCUGGGAGAGAUCGAUAAGAUAGAGGAUACACGAGAGUGUGUGGAGAAUGAGAGGGAUGAGAGUAAGGCGAGUAGGGAGGUGAGUGAGUAUUGGAAACAGGCAGUGCUGUUGGAUCGGAGGACGGAACGACAUAAGGGGGAACUAUUUUGGAAUGAAUACGCAUACAAUGUGAGAGUGAUCAGCUGGGUGAUUUACUAUGGACAUUAUCAGAUAUUAGAGUACGUAGUUCAACAGACUGAACUACACAAUGAAACAAGUGAAUUAUUUGAGAUAACAGAAAAUUCUUCACAUCAGUCUAAAUCUGGGAUAGAUACAUAUAUUAAACAGAAAAAUGAAAACAAUAGGUUAAUAGAAGAGUGUAGAUUACUUCUGUUGAGUUGUUAUAGUGGUGAUGUACAGGCAGUCAGACUUCUACUUCCUGUCUGUAAGAAAGCAAUCGAUGGGAUAGAUCAGAUCAGUGAAUAUACGCCCUGGCCUAUUCAUACACCUCUUGGUGCUGCAUGUGAUGCAGGACAUGUGUGUGUGGUGGAGGAGCUGGUGAAGGCGGGGGCUGAUGUCAAUCUAGAGUCUAGUUGGACUUGUGGGGAUACACCACUGAUAGCUGCAUGUAAUAGAGGACAUGUGAGUGUGGUGGAGAAGCUGGUGAAUGCGGGGGCUGAUGUCAAUAUACAGAAUGAGUGGGGGUUUGCACCACUGAUAACUGCAUGUUACGAAGGACAUGUGAGUGUGGUGGAGAUGCUGGUGAAGGCGGGGGCUGAUCUAUAUGUAUAUGAUUGUGAUUUGCACACACCACUGACAGCUGCAAUUCGAGAAGGACAUGUGAGUGUGAUACAGGAGCUGGUGAAGGCAGGGGCUGAUGUUAAUCUACAGGUUGAUUGCGGGGACAGACCACUGACAGCUGCAAGUACGGCAGGACAUGUGAGUGUGAUAAAGGAGCUGGUGAAGAUGGGGGCUGAUGUCAAUCUACAGGAUAACCCUGGGCAUACACCACUCACAGCUGCAAGUAUGGAAGGACAUGCGAGUGUGGUGGAGGAGCUGGUGAAGGCGGGGGCUGAUGUCAAUCUACGAUCUAUAUACCAAAGAUUCAAUACACCACUAACAGCUGCAAGUUGGGGAGGACAUGUGAGUGUGGUGGAGGAGCUGGUGAAGGCGGGGGCUGAUAUCAAUCUACAAGAUAAUUGCGGGAAUACACCACUAACAGCAGCAAGUAAAGGAAGACAAGCGAGUGUGGUGGGGGAGCUGGUGAAGGUGGGGGCUGAUGUUAAUCUACAGAAUAAUGACGGGGAUACACCACUGACAGCUGCAAGUGAAGGAGGACAUGUGAGUGUGAUACAGGAGCUGGUGAAGGCAGGGGCUGAUGUUAAUCUACAGGUUGAUUACGGAAACAGACCACUGACAGCUGCAAGUACGGCAGGACAUGUGAGUGUGAUAAAGGAGCUGGUGAAGAUGGGGGCUGAUGUCAAUCUACAGGAUAAUCCCGGGCAUACACCACUCACAGCUGCAAGUAAGGCAGGACAUGCGAGUGUGGUGGGGGAGCUGGUGAAGAUGGGGGCUGAUGUUAACCUACAGAAUAAUGACUGGGAUACACCACUGACAGCUGCAAGUGAAGGAGGACAUGUGAGUGUGAUACAGGAGCUGGUGAAGGCAGGGGCUGAUGUUAAUCUACAGGUUGAUUACGGAAACAGACCACUGACAGCUGCAAGUACGGCAGGACAUGUCAGUGUGAUACAGGAGCUGGUGAAGAUGGGGGCUGAUGUCAAUCUACAGGAUAACCCCGGGCAUACACCACUCACAGCUGCAAGUAAGGCUGGCCAUGCGAGUGUGGUGGAGGAGCUGGUGAAGGCGGGGGCUGAUGUCAAUCUACGAGCUAUAUACCAAAGAUUCAAUACACCACUAACAGUUGCAAGUUGGAGAGGACAUGUGAGUGUGGUGGAGGAGCUGGUGAAGGCGGGGGCUGAUAUCAAUCUACAAGAUAAAUGCGGGAAUACACCACUAACAGCUGCAAGUAAAGGAAGACAAGCGAGUGUGGUGUGGGAGCUGGUGAAGGUGGGGGCUGAUGUCAAUCUACAGAAUAAUGACGGGGAUACACCACUGACAGCUGCAAGUGCGUUAGGACAUCUCAGUGUGGUGGUGGAGCUGGUGAAGGCGGGGGCUGAUAUCAAUCUACAGAAUAAUGACGGGAAUACACCACUGACAGCUGCAUGUGAGGGAGGACAUAUGAGUGUGGUGGUGAAGCUGGUGAAGGUGGGGCGAAAAAGAGCUCUGGAACAUGUUCACAAAUGAGACAGUUUCAGUCAAUAAAUACCUCAACCCACCCUCAGCCCCGAAUUAUCAUUUAAGCAUUUUCAAAUUUGGAUAAAAGCACAAUUUAUUAUCUUGUCUCACUUGACAAACAUUUUGCUAGAAAACUCAAUUUUUGACACUCCCUCUUACUUUAAGAAAAAACUUGAUGCUACAGUUCGAUACACAUUCAUGCCCGAAAGUCAAACUGAUUUGACAAGUCUUUCUGAUUAUUUUACGCCUAUAUUGAUGAAAGAUAUUGUCAAUAAAUGUAUUUACUCCUUUUCCAAAAUUUGAAACGUCUCAAAUAUAACGAUAGAAUUUUUCUCCUACAUAAUGUCUGUCCCACAUAUAAUAUACGUGUAGUUCAGUACAAUAACCAGUUCUAAUCGCAUCAAAAAUAUACAAAUGUUGCACAUUCUAAAUUUAAUUCAUGGUCACAUUAUUUGUUUUGUACGUAUAUUGAGCUAUAUGUUUACCUGCACUAAAUAUCCGUUCUAUGUUGGACCGAACUGUCACUAUAUCUUUGUUUAGACUGAACAUACACAUGUAUUCAAAACAAACAUGUAGAACAUGCACUUCCCGAAUUGUUUAUAUAUGCAUAUAUAUAUAUAUAUAUAUAUAUAUAUAUAUAUAUAUAUAUAGAGAGAGAGAGAGAGAGAGAGAGAGAGAGAGAGAGAGAGAGAGAGAGAGAGAGAGAACGUUUUAGGGACUGUAACUGUUUGGUGUACAUCAGACAUGCUGCAAUUAAAUGAGACAGUAGAGAUGAUGUGGUGGUGACCGACAGAUCAGUGUAGUGUAUAAAUAUAAAUGAUGAAUACGGAGAUUUUAGUGAGGGAGACUGUGAUGUACUAAGACAUCUGCUGUGUGUUCAUCUAGAUGUAAAACAGUCUAUACGGUUGUAUCAUAAGUGCAAUGAUAGUAAGUCAGAUGUGAAAUUUCUGAUUAAUGAGCGGUAUUUUGAUUAUAUAACGGAGAAGGUGAUGAUU